AAAUUAGGUCAUUCACAACUUCAUAAAUCACUGUAAUUCCCCCAAAUCAAAACGGCAAACCCCCCAUCUCUCUCUCCCUCUCUCUCUACCUACCAAUUUCAAGAUUUUAGAGAGAGAAACACACACCCACACACACACACAACCUGAAAGAAUGAAUCAGUGAGUGAAAGAAUCAAAGCAGACCAUCAAUUUUUCUUGCCUCAAAGAACCCACCUGAAAAAGGGAAUCUUGAAUCUUGAUUGAAUUAAUGGAUACAAGAAGAUUACUUGAGAAUCAAGGAGAUGGGUUGUUCCCAAAUUCCGGAAUCGGGUUUCUUUGGUGCCCAAGAGACGACAGUUUCUCACAAUCUAGCGGGUUUUUCGCAAGUGUGGGUCAGAUGGGUAAAGGGGGGUUUGGUGGGGUUACCCCUAACUCAAAGAACACCGACAAUCCGGGCGGUAUAAAGCUUCCGCUAUCGUCGAAAUUCGUUUCGAGUACAACAACCGAGUCAAGUUUCCGAGUGGUUGGGGUACCGGAAAUCGAGGCCGAUGAGGAGUUGGUAGGGGCGUUAAAGAAGAAGAAGAAAAACGGUGGGUUGAAGUUGAAGAUUAAGAUUGGUAAUCCGGGGUUACGGCGGUUGAUUAGCGGUGCGAUAGCGGGAGCGGUGUCGAGGACGUCGGUUGCACCGUUGGAGACGAUUAGGACUCAUUUGAUGGUAGGGAGUUGUGGGCAGUCGACAACUGAGGUUUUUCAAGAUAUUAUGAAGAAUGAAGGGUGGACUGGACUUUUUAGGGGUAAUUUGGUCAAUGUCAUUCGUGUUGCGCCUAGCAAAGCAAUUGAGUUAUUUGCUUAUGAUACCGUGAAGAAAAAUUUGGCACCUAAGCCCGGAGAUGAAUUGAAAAUUCGUGUACCCGAGUCAUUGAUUGCCGGUGCGGUUGCUGGGAUUAGCUCUACCAUAUGCACAUAUCCGCUGGAAUUACUAAAAACCCGUCUCACCGUUCAGAGGGGAGUUUACAAGAAUCUUGUCGACGCAUUUGUCAAGAUAAUAAAAGAAGAGGGCCCCGCAGAACUCUACCGCGGUCUAACCCCGAGUCUAAUCGGUGUGGUCCCAUACGCAGCCACUAAUUACUUUGCUUACGACACAUUACGCAAAACCUACAAGAAACUCUUGAAAAAAGAUGAAAUCGGUAAUAUCGCAACUUUGUUAAUCGGGUCAGCAGCCGGUGCGAUCUCAAGCAGUGCAACUUUCCCACUUGAAGUGGCGAGAAAACACAUGCAGGCGGGUGCGAUUAAUGGUCGGGUUUAUGACAACAUGUUGCAUGCGCUUUUAAGUAUUCUUGAGAAGGAAGGUGUUAACGGGUUGUAUCGUGGUUUGGGGCCGAGUUGUAUGAAGCUUAUGCCGGCUGCGGGGAUUUCGUUUAUGUGUUAUGAAGCAUGCAAGAAGAUAUUGGUUGAGAAGGAAGAAGAUGAGCCAUGAAAAAGGGUUUAAUUUAUGUUUUUUUUUUGUUGAAUUUUGGGGGUUUUGGGUUUUGAGAAUAAUGGAUUUUGAAGCCUUUUUUUGGUUUUGUUAGGGGAGAUUUUAGGGGAUUAUGAUGGUAUAAUGGUAGGAUUUCCUUCCAAUUUUACUUCUUUUUGAAAGAGUUUUGGGGUGAUCUUGAAUGCAUGUUUUUGGCAAGGUUU